AUGGCAACCACGCCGUCGAAUACUUUAGCUGAAGAUGCUCCCAACGAGCCUCCCGAGCAGCUUAUUGUUAACCUUCAGGUGAUUUCACCGUCGGUUGGCGUCAAUCGUCCCCUCGUCUUCCCUGGUCUGCCAGCGACGACAACGGUCAAGGAGCUGAAGGAUAAGAUCCGGAAGACGCUCCCCCUGCAGCCGUCAGACGAUCACCAACGGCUGAUUCAUCGGGGUCGUGCCCUGCUGCGCGAUUCCGAUAAUUUGCUGGACAUUUUUGGGCCUGAUGCCCUCCGCUCUCCUGAACGCCAGACGAUUCACCUUGUCAUCCGAGACCUUGCCGACAGCUCCAGCUCGACACCGCCGGGCGUUCCUGCAGGAGUGAGCUCAGCACGAGGCAACGCGCGGCAGCCCACUGGUUCCCCACAGCCAUCACAGCCAUCGCAGCCUCCUCCAAACCUCCAUGGUCCCGUCCCUCCUCCCGAUUCUACAACGGGGACGCCCCCUCAACCUCAAAUCCCACCCUUUGCGCCGGGUCAUCAUCACACGGCGCACACGCCCGAGCAAGCCGCGGCUCUGCACCACCAUCAGCAGACGCUGAACAACUGGGUCGGGCACCUCCAGAGAAGCGCUCGUCAACAUGAGGCCAUGGUCAGAGCACUGGUAGAUCAGAACCAACGUGAGAGGGCGCAGAUGGGUGCGCGAGGCGUUGGAGAUGCCGCCGGCAACAACGGCGGCGGGAACGGCCCCGAAGCUGCCAACGGCCAGGUCCACCACCACCACCACCACCAACCCCAUACUGUACACGUUCAGACAUUCGGACCAGCCGGGCAUGCGAUUCAGGUGAACACGGUCGUCAGGCCGGCGCCGGCGACAAACGAUUCCCAUGGCGUGCUGACUGCCGCCGAAGUGCAGAACAUGAUACGCGAAGCUGAUGCCAGCCAGGCGACGAUGGCUAUGUCCAAUGCAGCCCAGGCAACCGCUGCGGGGCCUUCGCCGCCUUCCGUGCCUCUCGCGCGGCCAGAUGCCCCAACUCCAGUGCCAGCCCUUGGAACCGGCACCUCCUUGACCGACGGCCAGAGGGUCAUCGCUCAUCCAGAGCUGGCACAGCCAGCUGGUGCUGCCACGACGGCCACGAACCUAAUCGGCUCAUCCUCUCCACCUCGGCAAAGUCCCCAGGUGUACAUAAUGAUGUCACCGGAGGGCCCAAGAGCUCUACUCUUCAACGGCACUGCGUCGGAAUCCUAUUUUUCACCUCGGCUCGGCAUGCAGACAAACCUGCCGCGACUGAGAGUCUCCGCCAGCAUGGCCAACGUGGCUUCUGCAACGGAGUCGCACGGUCACCACACCCAUCAACCACCCGAGGAGAGAUAUCAAGCGGCAAAUGGACAUGCAGCAGCCGCAUAUGCGGCACCCGUGCAGGCGCCGCAGGCGCCGCAGCAGGCGCAUCCGAACAACCCCCCUGCUGCGGGCAUUCCGCCGCUGCUGAUGCACCUCUGGCCACAUGCUUGGCUCCUUUUGAGACUCGGCCUCUUCGUGUGGUUCUUCACCUCAGCCGACUCCAGUUGGUCGAGGUGGCUCACCAUCGUUUGCCUAGCCAUUUGCAUAUUUAUCGUGAGCACCGGCUUGUUCAACGGAAUGGCUGAAAAUGCUUGGCGACCGAUCGGCAGACAUCUCGGGAAUAUCCUCCCGGCCCUCGAACGGCCAGGCCGCAGACGAGACCAGAGGGUUCCACCACCCGCUGGCGGCGAGGGGAAUCUGACGCCGGCGCAGAUGGCUGCAAGACUGGCAGCCGAGCGCCAGGCACGCGAGGGUUGGCUAACGGGGCAGAUUAGAAGGCUUGAACGAGCCGGACUUUUGUUCCUCGCCAGCAUUGCGCCGGGGGUGGCCGAGAGGCAUAUUGCCAACGUGGAAGCCGAACAACAAGCCGAACGGAACCGACAGCGUGAGGCCGAAGCCGCCGCCGCCGCCGCCGCCGAGGCCGAAGCAGCAGCAUCGGCCGCCGCCGGCGGGAAUGAGGCGAGCGUCGGAUUAACCCCCCAUCCUUCCGCAAACGAAGUCUCCGGCGAAGGAUUGCAGUCCCGUGAGAAACACGAAGCGGGACCUGCACAGAAUGCACCGAGCAAUGGGGUUUCGCGAGAGGAGCCGAUCGCGUCGUAA